AUGGUUAUCAUAUUGAAAUCACCACCGUAUCCGAUGGAAUGGCAUGAGAGGACGUCUUCACCUGCAUCUUUCCAGUUGUAUUAUGAAUCUGUCGGUUCACAUCAAACAUCUGAAAUGCGAGUUCAGUAUUUGUUUAACAUUAUUUUCAAUUUAGGCUGCAUCGGCUUUUACCAAAGUGAAACAGGGAAUCUAUCAACUCCUUCUUACCCCGUGUAUUACAAAAAUAAUUUGGACUGUCAGUGGUUCAUAUCUGUAACAAAUGGAAAGAGGAUCUUAUUAACGAUAAUUGAUAUUCAUAUGGAACAGGAAGGGGAAUGUAAAUACGAUUAUUUGCAGAUUUUGAACGGAGGAGAGUUAGAUGGGCCAGAAAUAGCCAAUCUCUGCCACAUUCAAAAUACAAGUCAAGCAAUUACCAGCAGUGGUAACAGCCUGGUCGUCAGGUUCAAAUCAGACGAAUCAAAUUCUGGUAAAGGUUUUUAUGCUAACUGGUCAACUGUAGAUGAAGGAUGUGGAGGCGAUUUCAGCGCCAAAAAGGCCGAUUUAGGCACGAUUGAUUUGACUAAUCAACGUAACAUUGAAUGUCUCUGGUCGAUCUCUGUAAGCAAAGGUUCGCUGGUUAACCUGACUUUCAAUGAUGUUGACCUCGGUCCGCGAUUGUCUUGCAGUCAAAAUAAUUUGAAGAUAUCCACAACAAGUGACUUUUCUCAAUCGACAGUGACAUUAUGUUCGAUCGUUUCGAAAGAAUCAAGGUUAUUUGAAUCAGAUCGAAUAUGGAUGAAACUAAAAUACCGACAAGGAGGAAGAAUAUUCAAAGUUUCAUACGAAACUGGUUGUGGUGGAACCGUGAACGUUGAUGAGCCAGGUGAGCUGGCAUCUCCAGGCUGGCCAAAUACUUACGACUCCAACCUCAACUGCAGGUGGAUCCUCAAGUCCAGUUUUCUCGACGCCAAAAUAUCAAUAGUUUUCACUCACGUCGAUUUGGAAAAUGAACCCUGUGUUCAUGACUUUAUUAGAGUUCACAACAGCUGGCAACGAUGGAAUGAAUCACUACUUCAGCAAAUAUGUGGAGUUAACUUGCCUCCUAUGAUAACUUCUGAUAGCAAUGUUUUGGCUGUUACUUUUGUGACUGAUGCUAGUUCUGAGGGCAGAGGGUUCACUUUGAACUAUUUUUCUUCUUUGUCAGCUUGUGGCGGCAACCUCACCUCACAUCGAGGAUUCGUCAAUAGCCCCCAGUACCCGAGUAAUUAUCCGACUAAAGCAGAAUGUGUGUGGUAUAUUACAGCUUUAGAUGAAAGUUUGAUAGAGUUGUCCUUCAAUGAUCUUCAGUUGGAUGUGGUUGAUGAAAAGUGCUCAGGAGACAGAAUAGAAGUGGUUGCCGACGGCCUACCGACGAUACUUUGCAGACCAGAUUCCUUGCCGAUCACCAGCCAUAAAAGUAUGACCAUUCGAUUUUUAAGCAACAGCAACAGGACUGCUAAAGGAUUUUCUGCUCAAUAUAAAUUCAUUCAUGGAGGAGAUGUAAGACAAUACAGUGGAAAAAUAUUCUCUCCCAAUUAUCCUCUUCUUUAUUUCACCUAUAUGGAUGUUGUGUGGAAGAUAUAUGCUCCUCCUUUAUUCUACAUACAUAUAUGGUUCAGUAGUUUUGAGUUGGAGGCUCGUGAUAAUUAUAAUGAUCAAUGCUACGAUUACCUACAAUUAAACGAUGGUCCGAAGGCUUGUGCUACGACUCCACCUGAAUUCACCAACGACACAAAUGAGGUCACUGUUCGUUUUUUCAGUGAUCGAUCCAAUGUGUAUAAAGGAUUUGUACUGAAUUACAAAAGAGAAUAUGCGUCACCUGAUAAAAUUCAAAUUGGGCAAUAUAACAAUGAUUCACUUUGCGAACGAUCGGUGCUAAUUGAAUCGUUCAAAGAGUCCAUUACAAUAACCUCUCCAAAUUAUCCGAAUCCCUACAAUAAAAAUUCAUUGUGCAUUUGGACAAUCGUCUCAAAAGUUGGAUUUAUUCGCUUGAAUUUUGACUACAUCAAUGUUGAACUCAACAAAGAUCUCAUUCAAAUUUAUUCAGUUAAGAGAACAGGUAAGGAGCUGGUUAUGUCCAUGUGCAGUUCGAGAGAUUGCUUGAAAAGAAAGCAAGUGUACGUCAGCAGCGACAAGGCAGAAAUACGAUUUCAAACUGAUAAUGACAUUGAGUUAGAUGGAUUCUACAUGACCGCUUCUGCGACGUGUGGUGGUCUGUAUAGUAGAGAGAGGGACACUAUCAUUCACCCAGCCGACGAUCAGGUCCAAUCGGAUGAAUGCUUAUGGUACAUCUCCGUUCCUCAAACAAGUGGCCUUAAUUUACAAUUUCAUUAUUUCAACGUUGGAGCCAAAAUGACCAACUGUAGUUCAUCCAGUCGACUUGAGAUUUACAGAGAGUUGGAUGUUCAUUACACCGUACCCGACAUGUUCUGUGGAGACAAUGCCAUUGUCAGCUAUUUGGGAACGAAUCAAUUAGUUAUUAGACUGGUUCAGAUCAACGGUAACAUCACAGAAUCAAAAUUCAAAUUGACUUAUCAUCCCAUGUCAUUAGCAUGUGGACGACAUGAGACCAUUUAUCCUGAAAACCCGACUUAUAAUAUUGCCUGGUCUAGUUUGAAUCAACCUGAUAGCACGCUGGAUUGCAUUUGGGUUUUAACGUCAAAGAAUUUUUCUACAAUUGUCUUGAAUUUCAAUUCAGAAUUUCACGUUCCGAGUUCUUCCAACAGCACGUGUGACACGGAUUUCAUUGAGGUAAGGGAUGGUCCUUCAGAGUCCUCGACAGUUCUCAUCAAGUCAUGUGGAGAUUCAAUUCCGCCACCACUUGUGACCACUGAAAACAGUCCCUGCGGAAGUGUUUUCAGAGAUAAUUUUCACGCCAUCAGCUCUCCGAAUUAUUUGAACGUUUCUUGCCAGUGGAAGAUUAUUUUGUCUGAGGAUAGAUUCAUUAAAAUUUCAGCUGAAUUUGUCAACAAUUCUUACGAUGAACGAGUUAUUCUGAAGGAAGGUGCAGCAAAUGGUAGUAUUUUUGGAGAAUACCAUGAGGGGAAGAAUGACGUUUUCGUGUCAUCGUCUAAUGUUGUUUUUGUCCAGUUCACCUCACAUUCUAACGUUACGUCUAACUUUAAAUUGUUAUAUAGUUCCGAAAAACAAAGUUGUGGUGGUACACUGGAAAUGGAGAAGGGCGUGUUUACCUCGCCUGGCUACCCCCAGGGGACCAAUAGGGCGGUGAUGUGCAAGUGGCAAAUUAUUGCUCCUGAAGCACUCUUCAUUCCACAUCUGAUCAGCACUCUUCAUUCCACAUCUGAUCAGCACUCUUCAUUCCAUACAAAAGAUAACUUCAGCUCUGAUGCGAACCGGGUGACUUUAUAUACCAAGUCUUACUCAAAAAUUUUUGUUGUCAAAUAUAAGAGUCCUACUGGCUUUGUCGGUUCGCUAAACGACCAAAAAGAAAAAUGUAAGCUGCACUCACAGAAUAAAAGCAAGUCCAUUCUCCUGAACAUAACUGAUUUUCAUUUGACACCAUUGUUGUAUUCUAUGGGUUUUGAUCAAUAUAUGCAAGUUUUCAACGGUCUUUAUGCUGACUCGCCAAUUUUUUACAGAGGUCACUUUUUGGAUAAUAACAUUUUCAGAUCAUCCUCUAACACAAUGACAGUAGUUUUUAAAUCUGUGUUUAAAAUUAGUGGUAGAGGAUUCAAGGCGUUUUACACAACAUACGAUGACAGCGUUUGUCAUCUUGGCCACAAUAAAGUUUUGGGCAACAUAGUGACCAGGAGAUUAGAUGGAUCUCUCGGUUACGAAAAACAAACAGAGUGUUCAUGGAUUAUUUACAACAGCAUUGAUAGUUCAAAUUCUUCAAUGACGUUCCAAUUUAACACGCUGUCUAUUGAGAGAGAUGGCGAGUGCACAAUGGAUUAUGUACAAUUUCACGAAGGUACAAGGCCGACAGAUCUCUCAAUUGGUAAGUUUUGUUCGAUGGACCAAUUAGAUAAAGAUCUUCCGGCUAUAUCAUCUGCAUCUCGAUCCGUUCUAAUCCGUUUCCAUCAAACAUUCUACAACAAUUUCCAAGUUGGAUUGAACAUCACUUAUCGCUCAUAUCCUUGCGGUGGAAUAAUUACUCGCUCAACAACCAUCACAACUCCUCUAACUAUGGGCUGGGAUUGCUUGUGGCACGUGAAAGCCGACAGGGAAAACGUUAUAAAGGUAUGA